GCGCCGCCUCUGCUCGAGUAGGGGAGGGCCCGGACUAGCCGGCUGCAGGCGCCGCCAUGGCUGCCAUAUUGGGGAGGAAGUGAGAGCAGGAGGCGGCAGCGGCGGCCAGGGAAGAGCCCUUCCCCUCUCCCCUCCGCUCAGUGAGGCGCUGCUUUGCAGGCGGCGGCCGCUCGCAGGACCCCGGAGUGAGCGGCGCGGAGGCAGCGGCGGCUGCCGGGCUGAGCGCCCCGAAGGCGGCGGCUUUGGCCUAAAAUGGCGGACCCGGCGGAAUGUAACAUCAAAGUGAUGUGUCGCUUCAGGCCCCUCAACGACUCCGAGGUGAUGCGCGGCGACAAGUACAUCGCCAAGUUCCAGGGGGAGGACACCGUCAUCAUCGCGUCCAAGCCGUAUGUGUUUGACCAUGUAUUCCAGUCAAGUACAUCGCAGGAACAGGUGUACAAUGAUUGUGCUAAAAAAAUUGUAAAAGAUGUACUUGAGGGAUACAAUGGUACAAUAUUUGCUUAUGGACAAACAUCAUCUGGGAAAACACACACUAUGGAGGGAACACUUCAUGAUCCAGAUGGGAUGGGGAUUAUUCCAAGAAUAGUGCAAGAUAUUUUUAAUUAUAUUUACUCCAUGGAUGAAAAUUUGGAGUUCCACAUUAAGGUGUCAUAUUUUGAAAUAUACUUGGAUAAAAUAAGGGACCUUUUAGAUGUUUCAAAGACCAAUCUUUCUGUUCAUGAGGACAAGAACAGAGUUCCUUAUGUAAAGGGCUGCACUGAACGUUUUGUAUGUAGUCCGGAUGAAGUUAUGGAUACUAUAGAUGAAGGAAAAUCUAACAGACAUGUAGCAGUUACAAAUAUGAAUGAACACAGCUCUCGAAGUCAUAGUAUCUUCCUUAUUAAUGUAAAACAAGAAAACACUCAAACAGAACAGAAACUGAGUGGAAAACUUUACCUUGUGGACUUGGCAGGUAGUGAAAAGGUUAGUAAAACUGGAGCAGAAGGUGCUCUGCUGGAUGAAGCUAAGAAUAUCAACAAGUCUCUCUCAGCUCUUGGAAAUGUCAUUUCUGCUUUGGCUGAAAGCAGCACGUAUGUUCCAUAUCGUGAUAGUAAAAUGACCAGAAUCCUCCAGGAUUCACUGGGUGGUAACUGCAGAACCACUAUUGUAAUUUGCUGCUCUCCAUCAUCAUACAAUGAGUCUGAAACUAAAUCUACGCUCUUGUUUGGUCAAAGAGCUAAGACUAUUAAGAACACAGUCUGUGUCAAUGUGGAACUCACUGCAGAACAAUGGAAAAAAAAGUAUGAAAAAGAAAAAGAGAAAAACAAGACACUGCGUAACACCAUACAGUGGCUUGAAAAUGAGCUCAACAGAUGGCGCAAUGGGGAGGUUGUACCAGUUGAUGAGCAGUUUGACAAAGAGAAAGCCAACUUGGAAGCUUUUGCAGUGGAUAAGGAUGUUGCUAUCAAUAAUGAUAAACCAGCUGCUACAAUUGGAGUGACUGGUAAUUUUACUGAUGCUGAAAGAAGAAAGUGUGAUGAAGAAAUCACUAAAUUAUACAAACAACUUGAUGACAAGGAUGAAGAAAUCAAUCAGCAGAGCCAAUUAGUAGAAAAGUUGAAGACACAAAUGUUGGAUCAGGAAGAGCUUCUAGCAUCUACCAGGCGGGACCAAGACAAUAUGCAAGCUGAGCUGAAUCGCCUCCAGGCUGAAAAUGAUGCCUCUAAAGAAGAAGUAAAAGAGGUGCUACAAGCCCUUGAGGAACUUGCUGUCAACUAUGAUCAGAAAUCUCAGGAAGUAGAAGACAAAGCAAAGGAAUAUGAGCUGCUUAGUGAUGAACUCAAUCAGAAAUCGGUAAUUUUAGCCAGUAUAGAUGCAGAGCUUCAGAAACUUAAAGAAAUGACCAACCACCAGAAAAAACGGGCAACAGAGAUGAUGGCCUCCUUAUUAAAAGAUCUUGCGGAAAUAGGAAUUGCAGUAGGAAAUAAUGACGCAAAGCAGCCUGAAGGAACUGGCAUGAUAGAUGAAGAAUUCACAGUUGCAAGACUAUACAUUAGCAAAAUGAAAUCAGAAGUGAAAACAAUGGUAAAACGCUGCAAGCAGUUAGAAAGCACUCAAACUGAAAGCAAUAAAAAAAUUGAAGAAAAUGAAAAGGAGCUGGCAGCUUGUCAGCUUCUUAUCUCACAGCAUGAAGCCAAGAUCAAGUCACUGACAGAGUAUCUUCAGAAUGUGGAACAGAAAAGGAGACAACUGGAAGAAUCUGUGGAUUCCCUUAAUGAAGAACUAGUCCAGCUUCGGGCACAGGAAAAAGUCCAUGAAAUGGAGAAGGAGCACUUAAAUAAGGUCGAAACUGCAAAUGAAGUCAAGCAAGCUGUUGAGCAGCAGAUUCAGAGCCACCGUGAGACACAUCAAAAGCAACUUAGUAGCCUAAGAGAUGAGGUUGAUGCAAAGGAGAAGCUUAUUACUGAACUCCAAGACCAAAACCAGAAGAUGAUGCUUGAGCAAGAACGUCUUAGAGUUGAGCAUGAGAAACUGAGAGCUACAGAUCAGGAGAAAAGCAGAAAACUGCAUGAACUUACGGUUAUGCAAGACAGACGAGAACAAGCAAGACAAGAUUUGAAGGGUUUGGAAGAGACUGUGGCAAAAGAACUUCAAACGCUACACAACCUUCGGAAGCUGUUUGUUCAAGAUCUGGCUACCAGAGUUAAAAAGAGUGCAGAAAUUGACUCAGAUGAUACGGGAGGCAGUGCUGCGCAAAAACAGAAAAUUUCCUUUCUUGAGAAUAAUCUUGAACAGCUCACAAAAGUCCACAAACAGCUGGUACGUGAUAAUGCAGAUCUUCGCUGUGAGCUUCCUAAACUUGAGAAACGACUUAGAGCUACAGCUGAGAGAGUUAAAGCUUUGGAGUCUGCACUUAGGGAAGCCAAAGAGAAUGCAUCUCGUGAUCGCAAACGAUAUCAGCAAGAGGUAGACCGUAUUAAGGAAGCCGUGAGAUCCAAGAAUAUGGCCCGAAGAGGACACUCUGCACAGAUUGCUAAGCCUAUCCGUCCUGGCCAGCAUCCAGCAGCUUCUCCAACUCAUCCAAGUGCAAUUCGUGGAGGAGGUGCAUUUACUCAAAACAGCCAGCCAGUCACACUGCGUGGAGGUGGAGGACGGCAGGAUAAAGUUUGCUGAAAAGUAAAUGAAAUAUGAAGAUGAUUGGAUAUCAUGCAGAGAGUGUCAUUCCAUGACAAUAAUCUCUCCCACUGAGGAUUGUAGGAUUAUUUUUUGAAAAUGUAUAAAUUAUACCUGGCCUGUACAGCGCUCUCCCCUCCUACAGAUUCUGCUGAUUUCCCAACAAAACUAGAGUGCAAUUUUGGCGUCUUGAAAAAUGACAUGUUACUUCAAGUGUAGCUCUGUCCAUUACAGUUUGUCUUUCAUGUCUUAAAUUUAGUCUGCACUGUGCCAAGUUGAAUGUAUGUUAAGAAAAUCUUAGUUUAAAUUUCCUAGUUUAAUUUGUGUACAUUUUAUUGUCUUAGGGAAUGUGGAACAAUGUUGAAUUUUUUUUUUAAUAUUUACCACUUUAAAUAACACUACUAGUCCCACUCUGAGUUAGAACAGCACUGUACAUUGAAGUUCUCCUGAAGUGAUGUUCUAUGUAGCCAGGACUAAUAUUAUUUGUACAGUGUGGAAAUACUGAAGUGUGCUUAUGACAGCUGCCAUCAGGCACUUAAAUCUUGAAACCACAGAACUAAAGAUUUCAGUUUGAACAAGGCUGUUUAACUGUUAUCUGAUUAAAUACCUGUUAUGUUAUUUUUAGUUAAAUACUGUAAAAGUAACAAGAGUAAACUUACGUUUACAUGGGAAAAAGCUUUGGCAAUAGAAUAUUUCAUCUGUCCUGUUCUUGAUUCUACACAUAGCAUAUCCUGAUGGAAUGAAAACAUUCUGCUUCAUUCUGAUGAGUCUGUUCACUAUCACCAGAGUUGGACAAAUGGAUAUUUUUCACUAAUUUAGUGUACACUGAAAUGAGCUAGAAUAAUCUAGAAUUCAGUUCUUAUGUUUCCAAUAAUGUAUACAUACUGGAAUUCUUGAGAUGAAAUUUAAACUUUCAAUUUGAGAAAGAGUCAAUUGAACCAUUGGAUAAUGAAUUAAAAUCCACUAAUAAUGGAGGCAAAGAAACAUUUUUCAUAGCUGAUACAGCCAGAAAUCCCAGAGAUGUGUAAAAACCAUGCUACACUGAAUUGUAUUGUAAUCUGUUUACUUCUAGAAAUAUUUAAAUGUCUACUCCACAGUAGUUUGUCAAACUUUUUUUUCUUUUUCUCUUUGCAAUAUAGUUGUGUAGGAUUGGCUAACAACAAAUAAACUUUGGGUUUUGAGCUGAUUCUCAAGUUUUGAGCACCCAUAACUCCCACUGAGGUUAGGAUCAGGCUUUUAAUGUUAUAAUUCCAUCAUUUGCAUAAUUUAUUCCUAGGGUUUUAGUCACUACAUUUUUAGAACAGUCCUUCUCAAAAGAUAGAAAUGUUACCAGAUCUUUGAGAGGGAAGGAACUUAGCAAUAUGAAAGAGUUCAAAUAAUUGUUUUUUCCCAAACCAGCUAAUGUUAUCUUUAAUAUUAGUGGCCUGACCUUUUUUGGCUAUUUAUCAGUUGUUGUGGAAACGUAAAAGCUCCAUAAGGACCUCAAUGGUAAAUCACUUUUAAAAACUUUUUAUACAAAGUAAAAUAUUCGUGCUAUGAUGGAGCAUAGUCAAAUCUUAGACCUUAAUUCAAUUUACUUUUUUCUGUUUCCUUGCUAACUACUGCAGCUUGACUUUUGUAAUAGGGUAGAUUUUUAAACCUAUUGGUUUGCAUCAGUCAGAAAUCCUCACUGUUUUGGAGUUUUCAACCUUUAAAGACCUAUUUUUGCUCUUUGGAGUGUCUGUCUCUGAGUCCUAAUCGUGCAAAUUCUUCUGAAGCAUGAUAAAGGCAGCAUAUCAAGGAAAGAGGACAGUGAAGUAGCAGUUAUGAUAGAUGGUUUUAAAUGGAGUCCUCUUAUGGAAACAGUCUUGUCCAUUCUCUCUCAAUAUUAACUGCACAUUUUCAAAUCUCUGCAUAUUUUACUUUACACUGGCUUCCUUGGAAAUAUUCUCAGAUGAAGCAGGAUUUUUUUUCUCAUGUAGAUGGUAGUUUCAUUCCUGUAAGUAAUGUAUCACGGGUAUUGGUGCUGAACAUUGCUGUGUAAUAAGCAGUAAAAAUAAACUGUAACUAGCAUGUAGCUCAAAAUGUACAUCACUUUUUUAUAUCUAAGCUUUUUUAUUUUAAGCUUUUAUGACGUUUACCAAGAAUUGCAACUUACAAUUUUCAAAGAAAUUGCUAUUUUGUUCUUUUUGAUUCAGUUAUGGUAGGUCAUCUGGACAGGACAGUUACUGUUUUGUAAAUUAAAUCUGUAAUAGAAUGUUAAAUGAAUUGCUGUUUCAAUUUGCAGUCUGAGUGGUUUUUAUUUUUAUGUUCCUCUGGAUCAUAUUUUUUUAAAAUGGUUUAGAGUAGGAACUGAAUUAAAUAAAGGAAUAAUAUUUAUUCAUGGUGAUCAACUAAAUUAUUUGCAUAACUUAAAUACUGACUCACUACUGUGUGUAACUCUAAAUUUGACAUGAGAUGACAAGUCUACCUGUGGAACACAGUGACUUAAUUUCAGUACAUGAAGAUGCAUUAAAACAUAAUUGGUUUGGGGAAGACGCCAUCUAGUUUUAACUUGCCUGCAUGCUGUAAAUGUAUCUGUGUUUAAAUAAAGAGAAAAAAAAGUCUUUGAAAUGUAGUGAACUUUAUUAGGACCAUGCAACUGUGUCAUUGAGUCAGCUUCAUAUUAAUACUUUUCACUUGGCAAGACAACAUGUAUUUUGCUGUGGGUUACAAUCAGUAUACUCCUUCACUUUAUUGGAGCCUUUGUUGUGUUGUUAUUGUCGGUGUAGGUGUUGGAAAAAGAUUGUUCCAUCAGUCUUAACAGUUUGCGUUUUUUUCACUCUAGUAAAUUCAUGUUAUGAAAAGCU